GGCCGGCGAAGGCAGGCGGGGGGCGCCGCGCUCCGGCACCGGGCGGUGACUAACGACGGCGGCGGCGGCGGCUCCAAGGAACGCGGUCUCCGCGUGCGCACACGCACACGUAGCCGCGCAGGGACACACGGACCCCGGUCGCCCGCGGCCACACGGACGCGGCGACUCGGCUCCGAGCGCGCGCUCCUGGGCGCACACGCUCCGCAUUCCCCGGCGGCGCCGGGCGCGGACUCGCCGGCUGCGCGCCCUCCUCGCGGAGCCUGCCCUGGAGGACCCGCAGCCCCCAGCCCCACGGCCAGGCCCCGCAGUGAGCAGCCUGUGGACCUCUGGGGGCUGAGCAGCGGCUGCUGGCGUGGGAGGCCAGCAGUGCCGACUGAGGAGCACCAUGGCCAGUAUCCUGCAGGUCCCCCUGGCUGCACUCCUCCUGCUGCCUGUGGCCACCGCCAUGCACUCCGACUGCAUCUUCAAGAAGGAGCAGGCCCUGUGCCUGGAGAAGAUCCAGAGGGCCAAUGACCUGCUGGGCUUCAACGAUUCCUCCCCAGGCUGCCCUGGCAUGUGGGACAAUAUAACCUGCUGGAAGCCGGCCCAUGUAGGGGAGAUGGUCCUCGUUAGCUGCCCCGAUGUCUUCCGGAUCUUCAACCCGGACCAAGUCUGGGAGACGGAAACCAUCGGAGAGUUUGAUUUUGCUGGCAGUAACUCCUUGGGUCUCUCAGACAUGGGUGUGGUGAGCCGGAACUGCACGGAGUAUGGCUGGUCGGAGCCCUUCCCUCAUUACUUCGACGCUUGUGGCUUUGACGACUAUGACACUGAGACUGGGGACCAGGAUUAUUACUACCUGUCGGUGAAGGCCCUCUACACUGUUGGCUACAGCACCUCCCUCGUCACGCUCACCACUGCCAUGGUCAUCCUGUGUCGCUUCCGGAAGCUGCACUGCACCCGAAACUUCAUCCACAUGAACCUGUUUGUGUCCUUCAUGCUGAGGGCAAUUUCUGUCUUCAUCAAAGACUGGAUCCUCUAUGCCGAGCAGGACAGCAACCACUGCUUCAUCUCCACUGUGGCAUGCAAGGCUGUCAUGGUUUUCUUCCACUACUGUGUUGUGUCCAACUACUUCUGGCUGUUCAUCGAGGGCUUGUACCUCUUCACGCUGCUGGUGGAGACCUUCUUCCCUGAGAGGAGAUACUUCUACUGGUACACCAUCAUUGGCUGGGGGACCCCAACUGUGUGUGUGACCGUGUGGGCUACACUGAGGAUCUACUUCGAUAACACAGGCUGCUGGGAUAUGAAUGACAGCACAGCUCUGUGGUGGGUGAUCAAAGGCCCUGUGGUUGGCUCGAUAAUGGUUAACUUUGUGCUUUUCAUCGGCAUCAUCGUCAUCCUGGUGCAGAAGCUGCAAUCUCCAGACAUGGGAGGCAACGAGUCCAGCAUCUACUUAACAAAUUUAAGCCUGGGAGUCCCCAAGAAAACCCGAGAGGACCCCCUGCCUGUGCCCUCAGACCAGCAUUCACUCCCUUUCCUACGGCUGGCCCGGUCCACCCUGCUGCUCAUCCCGCUGUUUGGAAUCCACUACACUGUAUUCGCCUUCUCCCCAGAGAACGUCAGCAAGAGGGAAAGACUCGUGUUUGAGCUGGGGCUGGGCUCCUUCCAGGGCUUUGUGGUGGCCAUUCUCUACUGUUUUCUGAAUGGAGAGGUGCAGGCAGAGAUCAAGCGGAAAUGGCGGAGCUGGAAGGUGAACCGUUACUUCACCAUGGACUUCAAGCACAGGCACCCAUCCCUGGCCAGCAGUGGAGUGAAUGGGGGCACCCAGCUCUCCAUCCUGAGCAAGAGCAGCUCCCAGCUCCGCAUGUCCAGCCUUCCGGCCGACAACCUGGCCACCUGAGUCCCCCUCCCCUCUUCCUCUCCUCAUACACAGGCUGGGGCUGCGGGCAGGGGCUGUGCACGUUCGCGCCUCUUCCCUCCCUUUGGGCAGGCCCUGGGCUGGCAGCUUGGCUCCUCCCCAAGUGGGGAGAAGGUGGUGGGGCGCAGAUUGUUAUUGCCCCUCCUGUUUUGGUACUGGUCCUGCCCACCAUGGUCCCUUGGUCCCUGAUUGGACAUGUAAAUACUCCUUGAAUUUGGAAAGUUGUCCCAUCUCUUCCCUUCCACCCAUGUCCCCGCUCACUUCAGCCAGCCCAGUUCCAUUGCACUGCGUCUUGGCCAGCCUCGGUGAUGGCCUGAGCCCAGGCACGAGGCCACGUGAGCUGAGGCUGAAGAGACCCUGCUCUGGAGUGGCUGGUCUGAUGCCUGCCUCAAUAACCCCCUCAGUUUUGACUUCAGAUAUGGGACCUUUUCUUGUCUGAGCCUAGUCCCUGAGGCUAGCCAGAGGUCCAGCUGGGGUGGCCGGAUCCUUCCAUGCAGGCCAGCCCCAAGGCUCCCUCAUGCUCACCUGGCAUCUUGGUGUCCAGGUCCCCAACCUCUGGGUAUCAGGGUUGUGGGAAAACUCCACACUCUUUCAAUCAGAGACUUCAGUCGGGGGUGGGGUUUGAGGGUCAGGAAAAGUUCUGGUGCUUUUCAUUUGAUCCAAGAAGAGCUGAGAGCCAGAAAUGUGAAUAUGACUGAAAAGGAGAUAGAAUGGUUUGGAAGACCCAUUCAAGAAGCCUUCCUCCAUCUCCAUUGUUGGACCCCGACAUGAGAUAGGCAGGGUUCAUCUGGUAGCUCCCCUUCUGCCCUUCCUGUCCCCAGUAGAUGUCCCAGAGUCCCUAAGCCCUCCUCCUUCCUUCCCCUUAAGUCAAAGCCCUCCUCCCUACUUUCCCUUAAGUCAAAGCCAUGACUAGGUUGAACCAGCCGACUUCCUGUGAUGUCAGCAAAUCCUGGAGCACCUCACACCUCCAAUGUGCCCAAGUCCUGGGCCCAGGGCUCCCCCAGGCCCUGGCUCCAUGGGUGACAAAGAGCCCCAGUCACCAGGUCCUCAGACCUGGACUCAACUACUGAACUUUAUCUGAGACCUCUGUACUACAUCCCCCUAUGUGCCCUUGACAUUGAAUCACUGUGGGCUGCUAGGGAGCUUGAGGGGACACCAUGCCUACACACCCAUUAGCAGAAGCUAUUGGUGGGAGGAGCUGAUACCCCCCUGCCUCCCCGCUCCCCCCACCCCAGUGCUCAUUCUGGCUUCCCAGCUGCAAAUGGCACAGCCACCACCUGCGAAUUUCAAAUAGGGCAGGACCAGGUUCAGAGAAGGUUGAGGAAAGUGCUAGAGUGCCAUGGCCCCGGGGCCCAGUUCAUUCCACCUCAGCUCUUGGUCUUGUUCCUGUCUCUGUGUUUGUGGACUUGCUUCCUGACCGUGUUCUGAAAUGCUUGGGGGUUUGGGUGGGGGUGGGUGUUGCUUUGUCUUGGUUUCACAAAGAGGAAGGAACCCUGGGGGCCUUGGCAGUGCUUCUGGAUACACUUUCAGAGGGACUGGAGAAGGCUCUAGUUGCUCUAAUUUGGAGAUGAGUCUUGUGUCCUCCACGGGGAAGUAAGUCCCCGGGUCUUUGUCAACCACCCGGAAAGGAACUCUCUGCCCUUUCUCAGCAUGUUGAAUGACUUGGACUUGCCGUGGGGUGUGCAGUGGUCCCUUCUACCCUGAGCGAGACCUCCGGAUCCCCUCACCCUGCUUGGGGAGGCAGGUGCAUUGCCCAAGAAGUGUCUACUGAUCACCCUGCACUUGGGUCACUGCUGGAGUCCCUGAGUUGCUUGGAAGAAGCCACGGCCUGGGAUUCAGAGACCAGGAUUCUGCCCCAGCUGGGUUCUCAUGGCUGUGACUAUGGACGCAAUCCUCCCUAUUCUGGGCCUCAGUUUCCCCAUUCAUGAAAUGAGAUGGCAUCUAAUGUUUCUCUGGGCCCUGUACUGUUCAGUUUUCCAGUUCAAAACUAAGGCAGGUAAAAGGGCAUGCAUGCAUGAUGUGUGUAUCAUCUGAGGUUUUAAGGAGGGGGGUCUGUAGGUGCGGGAAGAAUGCUCCUUUCCCUUUCUUUUGGACACCAUGAUGGAAGCCAGUAGAAUGGAAGGGAGGCUCAGGUCACGGACAUUUGAACAGGUGCCUUGGGUGUGAUGUGCAGACCAGCGCUCCACCUGGCUUGGGCAGGGUGCUGUGACUAGGUGGCAACCAGAUCCAAGGAGCAGUUAUAUGGACCUCAUUCAUUUGUCACCACCCUCACCAGCAGCGCUGUGUCACUGUGGAAGAAGAAACUGACUUUAUAGCUACAUCAUUGCGAAACAGCAAAAGCAAGUCAGCCCCGUGUCCCUUGUCCUGCACUACUGCUGAGCCCUGGGCCUCUGUCCUCCUAGAAGUUCCAGGUCCUCUCGGUUUGUUUUCUGUUUGAAUGGAUUUUUUGCCAGUCUUGUGAGAAGAUGUACCUGCUAUGUUCUGAAUGUUCCAGAAGUUUCUGGUUUAGGGUCAUGGGCAGUGGGAGGGUGGCAUGAGGCCUGGGACCAGAUCUUCUGUUUUCAAAUCAGUGGCAUGGGCAAUAAGACUAGAUGAUUCUUACGUAGCCCGACACAUCCUGGAAUUCUCUCUAAAUACCAGCCAUCUCCUUGGAAGGGGCCCCAAGUAAGGACUGUGUCAUUGCCUGGACUCCCAAAAGAUAAGGAAUCCUGCUGUGUGAAGAGGGGUGGGGACACUUGGGAAAUGUUCACCUGGAGAGGAACAGAGUUGUCGGGCUCCAUGCCUGCGGGGGUUCAUUCCUGGGAAGGGGUUUUUUGUUCUAUGCAAUUCUAAACCUCACCCAUGGGUGGCCAGAUUCUUCUCGGGAUAGGGAAAUCUCACCCCUGACAUGACUGUCCAGGUGUGGGACAGGCAGGCAGUGUCAGGAGAGGCACAAAUUAGGGAAGCUGAGGCUGCCGUGGUGCCAGUGAAGAGCCAGAGAGUGGAAUUUAGGGGUUCCGCAGCCUUGUCACGGUCCCCAGCACUGUGAGCCUUAGGACUCCCAUCAUACUUGGGGCCAAAAUACAUUCUCUGUUUCAGUAGGCAGCCCUGUGACCAUCUGUGGCAUGUCUGUCCUUCUCUAACCCCAUCUUCUGUGAGCUGGGUCCUUGGGAAAUAAGGCUGGGGAGCCACAGCCUGGCCUGAGGCUGGAAAUAGACCUGCAUCUGUUAUCAUAUGUCAAGGCCUCUGCUCCUUGAUCAGUCCCUCUCUUUUCCUGGAAGAGACUCUCUCUUUAAUUCUUUGAGUACCCUUAUCCCUUUCAGGGCCGCUCCAGAGUGAAAGUAGUGAGCAUUGUGUCGUAUGAAUCACUUGAGCCCAGGCAGCAUGGAAACCAGCUGGAAGAGCCCCAAGCAGGGAGCAGGGACCUGGGCUUCUCCCUGCUUUGCCACUGACCUGCUAUUUGACCUUGACUCAUUCCCUUGUGGCUUUGGGGAGACACAAAAGACUAGAUCCCGGAGAAACUUGGAGAUCUACACAUCAGCUGUCACCUUCGGACUGAUGAGGAAACAAGUGGGCCAGGAAUAAAUCUGAACGAGGAAAUGGCCCCAGCAGUACGUACACCUCCCUGCGCAUGAGCCAGAACGUGGUGCUCAAAGCAUCUACAUCUAAUAAACACUUGGCCUUGUGUAGCAGAGGGGCUCUGGCUACUGAAAGCUAUUUAGGACUCCAGACUGCAGGAGAAGCAGUGGAGUUGACCUGCUGGGCUUCACCACCUGCUCUGUGAGACCAUCUCCAAGCCUCUGCCCUCUAAUCUGAGAAAUGGACGGUUGUGAUCGGAUCAUCUGCUGCACAGGCCAGGGAUGAGGUUGAAGUGAGAGACCCUCUGCGUGUGAAGGAACUUUGGAAAUGACACAAAUUUGGUCUCAUUACUGGAGUGAGGCCCCCUGAAAGGGGCUCUUUGCUGUCUAUUUACUGCAUUGAGUCCUCCUGAGUUGACUUUAACCCCAUUUGUAAAACCACCAGCACUGGGGAUGAGGAGGAAGCCAGAGGGCUCUGGCAGACACAGAGUCUUAGCUUUAUCUUCAACUGAUUCUGUUUGCACUUGGGAUUAGGAUGGGGAGAGGACCACGUGGGUGUUUUGAGCUUUUCGAUGCUACCCCUCCUGGGAAUCCUUCAAGGAUGUGGGAAAGUUCUCCAAUGGGCCAUAUGCCCAUCCCUUCUCCUUCCCCUGAACUCCAGGUCUGGGAAUAUGUCUGCAGUCAGCCAUGUGUGUCUUGUCUGAUGUCUGUGUUCUGUCGCUUUGCACCUGCCAGGGUUGGAGUGGUGCAGUCCCUGGCAUCCCAGAUGCAACUCCAGGCUCCCUUGUGGGAACUGGAUCAGCCUGGGUUUCAUCUCCCAUGAUAUAGAUGAGCCCCAUGACCUUAUUGCUACUGCUGCUGCCAUUAAUGCUGUGCUCACAACCUUGUCCGGGAAUUUAAGGAUGUCAAAAUGCUGUAGAUGACUCAAUAAAUGUCUUAUCAUUUU